AUGGCCUCCAUCGAUUUGACCUCGAAACCAGAGAACAAAUCUCUUAGAGUGCUGGUCACCGGAUUCGGGCCUUUUCGAAACAUAGAGACAAACCCUUCAUGGCUUGCCGCAAAGCCGCUUAGCAACCAGACUCUCAAAUUCACCCAGUCAGCAAGCCUGGGUCAUCCUCACGCACCCAAACCUCAUCCUGUUGAGGUCGAAGUGCAUAUCAGCACGCUUGAAGUGCCGGUGACUUAUUCGGCUGUGCUGGGUACUGUGCCUCCCAUCCACCAGUCAAAGCAGUACGACUUUAUAUUGCACGUGGGAGUCGGCCUGUCGGGAGGACUCGCGAUCGAGAGACUAGCGCACAAAACGGGAUAUAACCAGCCCGACGCUGAGGGUCGACUGUGCGACCCGAUCCGAUCGAAGCCAAAAGGCGAUGACGCGGACGAACUGGUCAAACGGGGGUUCGGUAAUGGAUUCGAGCAGUUUGGAGAGGAAUUGAGAAGUGGGCUUGAUGUUGAUGCGAUAGUCAAGCAUCUCAAAUCAAAAGGCCUAGAGCACACAUCACCCUCCAAUGAUCCUGGUCGAUACCUGUGUGAUUUUAUCUAUUUUUGCUCUCUGGCAUGUGCCCAGAAGGAGGCGAGCAAGGUCAAGGUGCUUUUUAUGCAUGUUCCGCCAAUAGGAUCACCCUAUCAGAUUGAAGACAUGACCAGAGCUAUUAAGGGUGUUAUUGAAUAUGUUGCGCUACAUACGUAG